AUGGCUAAAUUUGGAUCCCGCCGCCUUCCGCACAGCGGUUCCUUGGGUGAGCGUGUGGAGAACGAAAAGGCAUGUACCGUUAUGGCAAUAGGUAGUAAUGCGAUUGAACUUGGACUUGCGGAUCGAGCUGGAAGUGGUACGGUCAAAACGUAUGAGAACUCGUCAAGUCAACAAACUCCUUACUACUACUACUACUACUACUACUACUACUACUACUACUACUACUACUACUACUACUACUACUACUACUACUACUACUACUACUACUACUACUACUACUACUACUACUACUACUACUACUACUACUACUACUACUACUACUACUACUACUACUACUACUACUACUACUACUACUACUACUACUACUACUACUACUACUACUACUACUACUACUACUACUACUACUACUACUACUACUACUACUACUACUACUACUACUACUACUACUACUACUACUACUACUACUACUACUACUCCUGCUGCUGCUGCUGCUGCUGCUACUAA